AUUCAUGCGAAAGAAAGAGCUGAAUCAGACGGGUUUGAAUUCAUUGCUGCGCUGUUGCAUCUAACUAUCCCUUAAAAAGUUGACGUAUUGCGCUUCGGGGUACGAGAGAAAAACACUCACAACCGACAUAACAAUCUAAUCGGGAAGAUCAGUGCAGGACUUAAUUGUUUUAUAGACAUAAAGGUGUCACACCGACAAGCGUUUCCUACUCUAGAACACAUUAAGGACAUCAACGGCAAAUAUCCAUAUUUUAAAACUGUGACGGGUGAGAUUUGUAAACAAUGAUUUCUCAGAGCAAAAUACGAGUAAUAUGUCUCUGUAUUGUUUCUAUUAUUACAACAAUUGCUCUUAUGAGUUUUCAGUGGACUGGACAUGCAAAAGAAGUAAACAGGCCAGUCCCCGUCAAACGUGUUUACAUUGUUAAAAAUAAAGGAUUAAGUAGUUAUAUUGAGCCACGUAGCAAAGUUAAUCUACAUUUAAAGGGAUUUAGGAAGAAUGAUCGCAAUGAAAAUCUCCUAAUGUACAGCAAAGCUUCUAAAUGUGGAAGCACUACGCUGCUUGCAGUUAUGACAACUGCUUGCGAAUAUAGCGGAAAAUACAAUUUGACUCAUAUACUCCCCGUACCAGAAAUAAGCGAAUUGACCACAGUUGCAGAAAAGCAAAAUUAUGCAUUGACUCAACUUCAAGAUAAAAGACCCACAAUAGUUGUGGGCCAUUUCAGCUUUUUCGAUUUCAUCGAACUUGGCUUCAAACAGCCAUUGUUUAUAGACAUAGUACGAGAUCCGGUAGAAAGAUGGAUUUCUAACUUUUAUUACUAUAGGUCUUCCGAAAUUCAUAUAAAACGUCUGAACUUUACUGAGGGUGAAACAAACCAAACAUUUGAGGAAUGUUACCAAAUGUGGAAAAAGAAGACUGGGUGUUCGGGAAAGAAUAUUAAACAAACCGUUGCAUGUUUGAAAGAAAAACCAGCCAAAGGUUGCCUCCGUUUCAAAGUUUAUCAUUCAUAUUACUCAUUUUGGUUUUCAGGGAAGUACAGCACCAACCGUUCGCUGAUUUCAAGCGCCAAUGCAAAAUCAAACAUUGAAAAAUAUUAUGCAUUCGUUGGUCUGACUGAGCACUUUAACGAAACCGUUAGAGCAAUGGAAAGGGUCUUACCGAGGUUUACAGAUGAAUUGUCAAGGGCAUACAACGCCCAUCGCGUUGUACAGGUAAAGAAUCGUUCACUUAGGAAGGCGAGACCAAGUAAUAAAACAAUUGCUGUAAUGAAGGAAUAUCUAGCGGAUGACUACGAUUUUUACAAAUUUAUAAGUCAAAGAUUUUACCGUCACUUGAAGCAUCUUGGAAUCAAACUUACCUGACACAUGGGAUAAAAAAAAUGCAGUCUGCGAGCCAAAUAUUGCUACAUAUCCUGAUAAUAAAGUGCUUUCACAUAAACGAUUGGAUGGCUAAACUUUGAGGAAGCCAUUAGAAUGCAGUGAAUGAAAUUAACACCCAUCGGUGUGGGGAAAUAAUAUUUUCUCUUGUCAUUCGUAGAUGAACACAUAUUAGGGAGGUUAAGCUUGCAUAUAAAAAACGAAUCAAAAACGUAUAUCACGUAUGAAUCGCCCAUAUAGCCCAUGGUAUGACUGGACUUCCAAAUAUGAAGGAUCCGUAGCACAAUAUAGCGCAGCAACAUUUAAAGCAAUAUUUAAGGAGGUGCAUAUGUUUGAAUAUUUUUUAAAUACCAUUUGCUGAAAAAAACUUCUGGGUUUCGGGUUGAAAAAUGUCUUUCAUCACAAGGGGUCAAAAAAUGUAAAUAUUUUGAUUCGAAGUUUUAUAAAUUUUAUGAGACACAGGCCGUUAUUCUUAGCAUACGGACAAUAAAAUAGAUUAUCAUAAUGUAAAAAGUUACUAUAAUUUUACUUGAAAUGUC